UGUACUGGACGAUUUAUCUAGAAAUCAAUAUAUCAAAACUUCGAACAUAUCUAUCUUCGUCGUAAGAUAUCGAAUGAUGUGAAAGGUCGAAUGAUCAUUUAGAGUACAGCCAGCACGAAAAAAACAGUCUCAAUCUUCCAACACCAAAUCUCAGUGCCAUACUCAUACUCUACUAUCUCCUACUAUCACAAUGUCUGCCUCUAUCCCCACCACACAAACGGCUGUCAUCGCCGGCCCCUCAGGCGAGUUCCUCGUCUCCAGCGAGACUCCCGUCCCAGAGCUCAAGCCGGACUCCAUUCUCGUCAAGGUCAAGGCCGUAGCUUUGAAUCCCGUCGACACUAAGCUCGUCGGUGACUUCAUCACGCCCGGCUGCAUCUUCGGCUUCGACUUGGCAGGCACCGUCAUAGCCAUUGGCUCUGAAGUGAAGAAGGACCUCAAAGUGGGCGACCGAGUAUGCGGUUGUGCCAGCGGCAUGAACAAGGAAAAGCCCUUGGCUGGAGCUUUCGCCGAGUACGUGGCACUACCUGGUGACCUGACUCUCAAGGUCCCUGAGACCAUGUCCUUCGAGGACGCCGCCUCUAUGGGCACUGCUAUCGCAUCAGCUAGCAUGGUGCUGUUCUGGUCUCUUGGCAUGCCCCUAAGCAUAUUGGACAGCACCUCCGAUGAGCCUCUCCCGACCGUUCUCGUCUACGGUGGUAGCACAUCCACGGGAACCAUGAUGCUGCAAUUGCUGAAGGUCUGCGGUUUCCCCACCAUCACCACCUGCUCGCCUCACAACUUCAAGCUCGUCAAGUCGUACGGUGCCGACCAGGUGUACGACUACAAGUCCGCCAACUGCGCGCAGCAGAUCCGAGCUGACACCAAGAACUGCCUUGAGUACGCCAUCGACUGCUUCGCCGAGGACUCUUCCAUGAAGUUCUGCUAUGCCGCCCUCGGCCGCGCUGGCGGCCACUACACUGCUCUUAACCCCUUCAAUGACACCUUGGCUACUCGCAAAGUCAUCACCCCUGACUGGAUUCUGGCCACCCGUAUCGCCGGUGAUGGCUCUCACUGGCCUGCUCCUUACGGCUGCGAGCCCGAGCCCAGACUAAAGGAGCUUGCUGGUCCUCUAUUCGGCCGCAUCCAAGGUCUUUUGGAUGGUGGCAAGAUCCGACCCCAUGCCGUUCGCGUUGAAGAGGGUGGCCUACCCGGCCUGUUGAACGGAGUUGGCAUGAUCAGGAGAGGCGAGAUCAGCGGAACCAAGUUGGUUUACUCUGUAGCAUGAUUGGAUUGAUGUAUGAAAAUUACUCUUUUUACGGUGUUUGGAGAUGUUUCUGGGUAGAUACGAUAGAUUCUUGGCUGUUCGUGUGUUUUACACGUAGGAUAUUGGUUUCACACAUUCACGGUUUCUGUACUUAUUUUUACUGUACAAAAAUAUAAACAUUAGAAGCCAAAUUUUUGUUGCUCCAACUUUGACUAUGUGAUACUAUUCUUACGCCUGCCGUGUUAUGAUUUCGUGCAAAACCCCGAGACAGCAACCUUGCCCUCAUCACCAAUACCACCCAUGGCCACCCCAAGACAAAUGGGACCAAGUUUACAUAUGUCAAUCAAGUCAGCUGAACUACACUUGAGGCGAUCGGUUU